AUGGCCUACGACUUCACAUGCCCUUGGGCCGAGGUCUCGGGCCACCACGCACAACUCUUCUCUCCCCCAUUCACCUGUAACAACACUAACCCCUGCCUCCAAAAAUCCACCCACAACGCCGUACAAUACAUCCUCUCCCAGCGCUUCCCAGCGUCUAAACUAAUCCUAGGUAUCCCCUUGUACGCGCGCUACUUUCCUGGUGCUACAGCCCCGGGCCAAUCUUUUCAGGGAGGAGGGGAGGUGGAGUAUCGCGAUAUGGAUCUGGUAUGGCGACGUGACGCGGUGGUUGAUGAGGACUGUGUCGCGGAGUGGUAUGUGGAUUCUGAGAAGGGGUUUGGGUUCGUUUCUUUUGAUGGGGUGGUGAGUAUUAGGCGGAAGGCGGAGUAUGUGCUCGAGAGGGGAAUGGGG